AUGGAACCCAACGGCACAGGCAGCGUACAAUAUGAUCGCUGGAACGAGGACAACAUCAACAUGAACGUGGAGGCUUCACAGUCCACCACGACGAGGAUCCGCAACACAAUGUGUACUGGCCCCACUGGAAUAGCAGUGAAGGUUGUCGGAGCCUUAGUCGCGACGGUGCUCGUUUUCAUCAUAGGAUAUGUGGCAGGAUACUACGUCCAUCGGUGCUGA